GUGGCGUCAUUUCCAGGCCCGCCCCCCUCCGGCCCCGCCUCCCUCUGGUAUUUUCGGGACUUUCCUAAGCUGUUCUAACUUUCCUGCCGCUUCCCCGGCCCAACCCAGCCCAGCUCCGGAUCUCGUUCUCCACCGGAUCUCGCCCGCCACACCCGGACGGGUGGCUGGAAGAGAUCAGACCCUCCCCCAAAUCUGGGCUCCCCUUUGCCCCCCCAACUCCUGCCCUGAUCUGUCUCUCCCCUUCCCCCGCCAGUCCCUCCCCCCUCCCCCCCUAAGGCGGACGCCUGAAACUCUGGGAAACAGAACCCGGCCGGAGCCACCAGACAGAGCCGGGCCUAGCCCAGAGACAUGGAAAGUUGCUACGACCCAGGUCUGGAUGGCAUGAUUGAAUAUGAUGAUUUCAAAUUCGACCCGUCCAUUGUGGAGCCCAAGGAGCCAGCCCCAGAGACAGCUGAUGGCCCCUACCUGGUAAUAGUGGAGCAGCCUAAACAGCGUGGCUUCCGAUUUCGAUAUGGCUGUGAAGGCCCCUCCCAUGGAGGAUUGCCAGGUGCCUCCAGUGAGAAGGGCCGGAAGACUUAUCCCACAGUCAAGAUCUGUAACUACGAGGGACCAGCCAAGAUCGAGGUGGACCUGGUAACGCACAGUGACCCGCCUCGUGCUCAUGCCCACAGCCUGGUGGGCAAGCAAUGCUCGGAGCUGGGGGUCUGCGCCGUGUCUGUGGGGCCCAAGGACAUGACUGCCCAAUUUAACAACCUGGGCGUCCUGCAUGUGACCAAGAAGAACAUGAUGGAGAUUAUGAUACAAAAACUUCAGAGGCAGCGACUCCGCUCCAGGCCCCAGGGCCUUACGGAGGCCGAGCGGCGGGAGCUGGAGCAGGAGGCUAAGGAGCUGAAGAAGGUGAUGGACCUGAGCAUUGUGAGGCUGCGCUUCUCUGCCUUCCUUCGAGCCAGUGAUGGCUCCUUCUCCCUGCCCCUGAAGCCAGUCAUUUCCCAGCCCAUCCACGACAGCAAGUCUCCUGGGGCCUCAAACCUGAAGAUUUCUCGAAUGGACAAGACAGCUGGCUCUGUGCGGGGUGGAGAUGAGGUUUAUCUGCUUUGUGACAAGGUGCAGAAAGAUGACAUUGAGGUUCGGUUCUACGAGGAUGAUGAGAAUGGAUGGCAGGCCUUUGGGGAUUUCUCUCCCACAGAUGUUCAUAAACAGUAUGCCAUUGUGUUCCGGACACCACCCUAUCACAAGAUGAAGAUUGAGCGUCCUGUAACCGUGUUCCUGCAACUGAAACGCAAGCGUGGGGGGGAUGUCUCGGACUCCAAACAGUUCACCUAUUACCCUCUGGUGGAAGACAAGGAAGAGGUGCAGCGGAAGCGAAGGAAAGCCUUGCCCACCUUCUCCCAGCACUUCGGGGGUGGCUCCCACAUGGGUGGAGGCUCUGGGGGCUCAGCCGGAGGUUAUGGAGGAGCUGGAGGAGGAGGUGGCAGCCUCGGCUUUUUCCCCUCCUCCUUGGCCUAUAGCCCCUACCCGUCCGGCUCAGCCCCGAUGGGCUGCUACCCGGGAGGCGGGGGCGGGGCGCAGAUGGCCGCCGAGGCGCCUGGCGUGGAUGCCGGGGAGGAAGCAGCAGAGCCGAGCGCGUCCCCUCUGACCCCCCAGCGCGAACCGCUGACCCCGGGGCUGCUGCAGCGAGCCCGGGAGUACAACGCACGCCUCUUCGGCCUGGCGCAGCGCAGCGCCCGAGCCCUGCUCGACUACGGCGUCACGGCGGACGCGCGCGCGCUGCUGGCGGGACAGCGCCACCUGCUGACAGCUCAAGACGAGAACGGAGACACGCCGCUGCACCUAGCCAUCAUCCACGGGCAGACCAGUGUCAUCGAGCAGAUAGCCCAUGUCAUCUACCACGCCCGGCACCUUGGUGUUGUCAACCUCACCAAUCACUUGCACCAGACGCCGCUGCACCUGGCGGUGAUCACUGGGCAGACAGGCGUGGUGAGCUUCCUGCUGCAGGUGGGCGCAGACCCGGCACUACUGGAUCGGCAUGGAGACUCCGCAGUGCACCUAGCGCUCCGGGCUGGUGCCAGUGCCCCUGAACUGCUGCGCGUCCUUCUGCGCAGUGGGGUUCCCGCUGUUCCCCAGCUGUUGCACAUGCCAGACUUUGAGGGCCUGUACCCAGUACACCUGGCGGUCCGUGCCCGAAGCCCCGAGUGCCUGGAUCUGCUGGUGGACAGUGGGGCUGAAGUGGAGGCUGCAGAGCGGCAGGGGGGCCGAACAGCCCUGCAUUUAGCCACAGAGAUGGAGGAGCUGGGGUUGGUCACACAUCUGGUUACCAAGCUCCGUGCCAAUGUGAAUGCCCGCACCUUUGCGGGAAAUACACCCCUACACCUGGCAGCUGGACUGGGAUCUCCCACCCUCACCCGUCUCCUUCUAAAGGCUGGUGCUGACAUCCACGCAGAGAAUGAGGAGCCCCUGUGCCCACUGCCUUCGCCCCCCACCUCUGGUAGUGACUCAGAUUCUGAGGGACCUGAGAGGGACACCCGAGGCAGCUUCCGGGGCCACACACCUCUUGACCUCACUCGCAGCACCAAGGUGAAGACCUUGCUGCUAAAUGCUGCUCAGGACACCACAGCACCCCCCCUGACCCCUCCCAGCCCUGCAGGGCCAGAGCUGCCCCUUGAGGAUACAGUCCUACAGAACCUGGAGCAUCUGCUAGAUGGGCCAGGAGCCCAGGGCAGCUGGGCAGAGCUGGCAGAACGGCUGGGGCUGCGCAGUCUGGUGGAUACGUAUCGGAAGACAGCUUCACCCAGCGGCAGCCUCCUGCGCAGUUACAAGCUGGCUGGUGGGGACUUGGCGGGCCUGCUGGAUGCCCUGUCUGAAAUGGGCCUGGAGGAAGGAGUGAAGCUGCUGAGGGGCCCUGAGGCCCGAGACAAGCUGCCCAGCACAGAGGUGAAAGAGGACAGUGCAUACGGGAGCCAGUCGGUGGAACAGGAGACAGAGAAGCUGGGCUCACCCCCUGAGCCACCAGGAGGGCUCUGCCACGGGCACCCCCAGCCUCAGGUGCACUGAACUGCUGCCCACCCACCAGCUCCCCUCCCUGGGCCCCUCUGUACAGCAUCCCUACCUAUUCUAGUUCUUAUUUAACACCCCAUGCCCACCCCUCAGUUGGGGCAAAUAAAGAUUCUCAUGGGAAAGGGAGGGUGCUUGGCUCCCUCCCUAACUUAUGGCAACCCCUGAUGUGACUCUUGUCUCUGAAACCAGCUGCCUACCCAAGCCAGGUACUGGAGAAUGGAGAAGGAGGCCCAGCCAGCAAGUCCAGAGCAGUUUUAAUGGGAUUGGAGGCUGUACAAAGGGCAGGGCCCACUGAAGGAGGGAAAGCAAGGCCAUGCUGCCCCCAGACCGUAUGGGGGCCUAGGCAUGGAUACCCUUCCUCCACCUCUGGAAUGAGAGAGGGUGAGCCUCAGGGAGGAAGGAGGGAAAACCAGCUCAGCCCCAACUCCUGGCCUCUAUCUGAGCCAGGCCCCAGGAUGGAGGGGGGAUUGCUGGUGUUGGGUGUGGGUGGUCUCAGCAGAAAGCAGAAACGUCAGGCCCCCCCCCACCCAAAAAAAAAAAAAA